AUGCGUUUGAACAGGAGUCUGGAAGAGCUUGGCUUCAAAAGAUGUACUCAAGAACAUGCAGUAUAUACAAGAGGUGAAGGAGAAGCAAGUAUACUUGUUGGAGUGUAUGUCGACGAUCUCAUUGUGACAGGAAGUAGCACAGAGAAAAUCAACAAGUUCAAACAACAAAUGAUGACAGAAUUUGAGAUGAGUGAUUUGGGUCUUCUCUCCUACUACUUAGGGAUUGAAGUGGAGCAACAGAAGAGCCGAAUUUUACAUAGACAAUCAGCUUAUGCUAAGAAAAUUCUAUCUCAGUUCAAGAUGACAGACUGCAAUGCCACAAAACAUCCAAUGGAACCCAAGACACAGUUGCAUAAGGACUUGGAAGGGACUCCAGUUGACGCCAUGAAGUACAGGCGCAUUAUUGGUUGUCUGAGAUAUUUGCUACACACACGGUCGGACCUGUCAUAUUCUAUCGGGAUGACGAGCAGAUACAUGGAAAGGCCUACAAUCAUGCAUCACAAGGCGGUUAAACAGAUUCUCAGGUAUUUGAAAGGUACAAUCUAUUUUGGGCUUGUUUACAUAAAGGGACCCCAGGAAAUUAGUAUAUUCAGCUACUCUGACAGUGAUUUAGCCGACGAUCUCGAUGGGAGGAAAAGCACAAGUGGAAUGACUUUCUAUUUUAAUGAAAGUUUGGUGUCCUGGAAUUCACGGAAGCAGAAGACAAUGACGCUUUCAUCGUGUGAGGCAGAGUUCAUGGCAGCGGCAACUGCGGCCUGCCAUGCUUUGUGGUUGAGGAGCCUUGCCAGCGAAUUAACCGGUGUAGAGCCAAAGCCGGUAACUUUGUUUGUUGAUAACAAAUCUGCCAUACCUCUCGUGAAGAAUCCGAUAUUCCAUGAUCGAAGCAAGCAUAUAGAUACAAGGUUUCAUUUUAUCAGAGAAUGUAUUGAAAGGGAACAGAUUGUGGUUGAUUUCGUGAAUACCGGAGAACAACGAGCCGAUGUGUUAACUAAAGCAUUGCCAGGAGUGAAGCCAACAUUGAUCACCGACUAUGUUAGUAUGGUGUCGACAGUUGCGAACGCCACGGCGGCGACGGCGAUGCAGCGGUACGUGGUGCAGGAGUUCGAAAGGAUGGGUGGGGAGGGGUUGGGCGUGUUUUGCCACCCCGAGCCGUACGCGUACGUUGUGUUCCACUGCCACGCGGUGGGGAAGGGGAUGAUGAGGGAGUAA